GUCCGCGUCCGCGGUCCGCGUCCGCAUUUUAUCCUGGCCCCAAAAAAAAGCUCCAACCUUUCGGCUUUCUUAAUAGAGAAGGCUAUGGUAGAAUACAGAACAGUUCAGUAUUUGUGUCUGUACUUUUAGGACAAGUUAAAUUAUUCUUCUUUUAUGGCAUCCCUACUAAUGAAAAAUCACAGCACGACCCCUGUUUCCCAAGAUACCCAUUCUCACUCAAUUGGAGCUGCUUUGACAUUCAUAGUCAUACUUUUGGGAAUUGGUGUACCAGUAUGGUGGAAUACAACAACAGUGCAACGUGCUUAUCUACCUUUGGAAGAACUGUCUAAUAUGGUAACAUUGGCUGAAAAUGACCAAAGAUUUCAUAUUCUGUUCAAAACCACUGAAGAUGCUUCAGUGUUAGUGAAGAAACUACAAAAUGAUCUAUCUGAAUCUGAGGAGCUUUCAAGUUACAAUUUCAGCAUUGUUCCUUAUCCUCUGAAUCCAAAAGAGGUUAACAUACUCCUUUCACAAAAUUCAAUUGAUGCCAUUGAUGUUGGCUUUGAAGAACUAUCAGAAAACAAUCUGCUAGAUGGUUUAUCCAUUGUUCAAGUACCAUCUCAUUAUUUACCGUCUGGGAAAGUCUAUAUAGGAAGGCACAAUUUCCUGUACAUUUCGGAAGAAACAAAUUUUAAAUCCUUUUGCAGCAUGUUGGCUUCAAUCUUGUCAACUUAUAAUCUUUAUGAAAAUUCUAUUGCAAACCUUCCAAUUUCCAAUCAAUAUAAUGUUCUUCUAACUUUUGCAACGUCCAACCUAAAUAUGUUUUUAGAUUAUUUGCUUUGCUUGUGGAAAACACCUGAUAAUAAUUCAUUUAUGAUCUUAGAAAAUUUUGCUGCAUUUUCAAAGAAGUUCCGCCAUGUUUCUGACCUUUCAAUAUCGUCUCAAGUUGUUUACAUUGGAAAUGGACACAUAGGAGCAGAUUACAGUACUGAUAACAAUGCUUUCAUCCUUAAUGAAGAGAAAGUUGUCUCCCUCAUCAAUAUACUGGAGCCACGAUUAGGAAACCAGCUGUCAUCUGAUCCUACUUUCCACUGGGUACUGUAUGUUCCUCAUGAAGAACAGUCACCAAUGUACAUCUUCAAAAGCUCGUCACCCAUCACAACAAACUCGGUUCUCAGUCCACGUUGGAAUGGUGGAGGUUUACAAAUUGUCAACGGAAUAGAACAUUCCUUUGCUGGACUUGCCCUUUGCCAAUUAAGAAAUGCACUUGGUGUUUUCUCCCUGCAGAAUAUCGAGGAUUCUUACGUCUCCUUGGAUUAUGAUGAAUCUGGUGUUCACGCUUGGGAACUAUAUUUGUUGACAAGACGCCGUACGAUUCAAUUUUUAAAUCAAGCUAUGAUUACUCUCAAAUCUUUGUCGCAGUUAUUAGAACAAAUCGGCAAUAUCGUUGUCAGUGAAGAAAUAAAAGACUUGGUUGUCACUUCCGUCAAAAUGGUUGAUGCCGCCAGAAGAGCCAUUCAAAACGGCAACCUGCAACAGGCAUACCGAGAUGCUAAAGUAGCUAAUGUGUGCGCGGAAAAGGCUUUCUUUGAUCCUUCGCUUUUGGCCUUGUUAUAUUUCCCUGAAGAUCAGAAGUAUGCAAUUUAUAUUCCCCUAUUUCUUCCGAUAGGCAUUCCAGUUCUCCUGUCGUUACGAUCGGUCUACAUGCAUUUCCUAAAACGUUAACGUAUUGUGUUCUGAUUCCUUAGUAUUUUGAAAUGAAACUUUGUAUUAAACAGGAUUAAAUGUCUAAACAUCUUUA